CGACGGCAUCACAAUCCCCCGUAGAUCUCUGGGAAGUGCAGUUCCAAUCUCCACCGGUGUCCCAUUCUACCCUCCUGCGGCUGCCAUCUCCUCCAAUCUGAGAAGCCAGAUCCUCGCAGCCGUGCUCAAGCCAGCCAGCAAGAGCCGCUGUUUGCCACAGAGAGAGGGGAGCCCAUGUCACGUGCUUGGUUCACCGCUCGUCUCCGCCUCCUCUGCCAGUCCUGCGGACUCCCACCAGAACGCUACACAGCUCAUUCGUUCCGCAUAGGAGCAGCUACAACAGCAGCAAUGAUAGCGCCUGUGUCCACCUUAAAAGCCAUGGGCAGAUGGUCAUCAUCUGCCUACGAAUGUUAUCUGCGCCCCGAGGUUCGAGCCAUCCUAGAUGCUCAAAAGCAAUGAGUGCUCUGUAAACGCUGGCUAUCAUAAUAAAGAUAUAGACCAUGCUGCAGACAUCACUGAGGCAAUGAUGAUCACCCUGUCUCGUGAAGACUUGCGGGAUCUUUUCCCAGGCGCGGAGAACUGAACCGAGAACCGAAGAAAAGCAGUCUGGCAUGCCUGUCAUGGUGUAUCGGAGGAGGAAUCUGGCCAAGAACACUCAAAAUUGUCAGGCAGUUCCUCCUUUAAUGAGUCACCCAUGCGGCAGACAUCCACUCCUGUGACAACCCAGUAUCAUGGCGAAGCGUGUAAUACACCCGCCGGUCCAUAGGCGAUCCCGUGUCAGGGUCACGGUUUACCUCGCCUAGGCAUGUAAAAGACACGCCUCCUUGAAGUUGCAGUACCAGCAGGGGGCGAUCAUUUUUUCGAUGCCUACGGACCCACUUUUUUCACGGACCCACGAAAAAUAUACAGAUCAUUCCCAGCCCCCUCUGCGCCAGCUCUUGUUGUUAUCCCUAUAUCCUCCACCUGUACCUUCUUAUUAAAACAAACCAACGGCUCUUUUAAGAGCCACUCCUAUACCCCUCUCUCUCUCUCUCUCUCGCACGCACGCACACACACACACACACACACACACACACACAAACCAUCUCUCUCUCUGUCUAUCCAUCUAUUUUUCUGUCUGUCUAUCCGUCUGACCGUCCCUCUGCCUGCCAAUAUGUUUGUCUGAAAUGGCUGAUCAGCAAGACAAAGGCAAAGCAGAGGAUGCUAUUUUCCUUGCAGACAUGCUUCUGGCUCAAGAAAAAGCAAAGAAAACCAAGGACGAAGCAGCAUCCACUAUACCUGCUAAGGGCACUAAAUUUCAAGUCCGAUGGGUGGAGAGAGAUGCAGAAGGACGUCCAUUAGUGAAAAGAACUAGGAGUGGAGAGACAAGGACACGUGCUUCAGCUACAGUUUCUGUGGCUCCCAGUGAGGAGUAUGAGGAGGUUCCUACAGUGAGCCAAGACAACAGCUCUCAACACUUAUUUGACACUGAGAUGCAGAUGUUAAAGGACAUUCUGACCUCAUCAGAACAGCCAUCGAAACAGCCUUCAACAUCUUCAUCGUGGAGCUUGCGCUAAACUGCAGCCCAGGAUGAGUGGCGGAAAGCAAGGGCCCAUCACAUUGACUGUUUGCUGUUCUGCAACGAAGUUCCUGACAAGAAGAGCAGCCAUUGCACAUCCCCUGCCAUCAUUCGCUGCAGAGACUGCAUGCCAGAUGAGUGGCUGUGUAUGGAGUGUGACAUACAAAUACACACAAAGCUCACACUUCAUAACAGGGACUCAUGCAUUGAGGGGAUUUACAAGCCCAUCAAGCCAACAGUGUGCUGUGCCAAAAAGGAUGGCAUGUAUUCACUUGUCAGUCAAGAACGUCUAUUGCCAACAGUGAGACCCUCCCAGAUAUGCAAAUGUGACCCUGUAAACAUCAAAGAGUCAGCUGGCAGAGCGGUCAUUUUGCUUUGCAUUAAUGGCCGGUAUGAUUUGCACAUGCCAAAUCUGCUGUGCAGAUUGUGUCUGGCACAGUGGACACCUGACCAGAGAUACCUUAUAAAGAGUGGAUAUUGGGCGGCAACUGUGCAUGCUGACACUUUGUUUUCAAUGGAUGUCUUCAGCACAUUCGAAGAGAUGAAAACGUUGCCCCAAGUUUGUCAAGACAAGCAUUUUUGUGGAUGUUGGAGAGCAGGACUGUUCACUUUGGAAGGCAGGAUGGGAAAAUACAUGGAGAUGUCUUCCAACGAAGCUUCGUUGAAUAUACAUUCUGCUAGUACCAAUGUGACAGAAUGGCCAACGUGGAACAGUUCACCUGCCCAGCAUGUACACCAAACAUGCUUGCCCUCUGUGCAGAUGGCAACAGAAAGCAAUACCGAUUUCGGCAGUCAAAAGGGUCAGAGGAGCCAUAUUUUGAUGGCACCUUUAUCUCCAGAGACGCAGAUGUCCACCAUUUUGUUGAGGACGUCAGAGGCAAAAUUAAAAGUACUGCAGGGAGAGGAACCUGCGGAGCAAGUCAGUGGUCUGCUGCUCGGGAGACUGCAAGAAGAGCGAGCAAACUUGAUGAAGAGGGGCUUGAGGUGGUUGUUUUCAGGCAUGGAGUGUUGCUCAAGGCUCUCAAUAUGUACAGGGGAGAAAUAUUUGCCUAUCCCCUGUUCCUGCAAAAGAAGCUUCAGGCAACCACAAAAGGGCAGUUCUACUGCACAGAUAUUGCCUGCAAAUACUGGCCCUACCUGGAGAAGCUGGCAGCAUCCAUGAUGGACCUCAGACCUUUGCUGCAGAUGAGGCCAUUCCUGUCCGUCAUGCAUGCCAAGGCCCAUUCAACCACGUGUGAGAUCAUCUGGAGUGGCAGAAACCAGGAGGGUGCAGGCACAACUGCAGGGGAGGAGGUGGAAAUGGUAAACAGCUACCUUUCUCGUUGUGCCCUCACCACCAAGUAUAUGACAAAAUCUGCCAGGAAUGACAUACUGACGAUCCACGCAAUUGGGUGGAACAGACGGAAGCAGGAUGGCCUUCAUCUUGCCUUGUCCAGCAGAUAUAUCAAGACUUUCCAAAAGGCUCAGGCUGAGUCUCAGAGACUAGAUAUUUUGAGCAGUGAAGUUGGGUGUCCUGAGAACAUGAUGCAGCACUGGGUACAUGAUGUCAAACAGUGGGCUACCGAUGAUUCUGCUGGUUCCCGAUGUGAUGACCUUCAGCAAUCAAUCAAACAAAUGUUUCUUGGUGUACAUAAAAAAAAAAAAGCCAGGCUUUAUACUCAGACUGACAGCAACAAAAUUCGACACUUGCGACGAAGGAAAUUGGGAGAAGAGAAGAAAAAACUCCUGGAGACGAUCAAGCUCUACAAUGAGCAGGUGCCACAUGAGGAGCGGAUUGAUGUGGAGAAGGUGGAGAGCAGACUGUCUGUGGUAGGACCAGACAGUGGCACAGAUCUAAUAUGGCCAUGGGAAGUGCACAGCAGUGGAAGUUCUAGUGAAGAGGGGCAUCAUGGGCUACUGUGUCUUCUUCAGAAAAGGCUUGCAGAUGUGGAGGAAAAGUUCCAAGUCGUAUGCUCAAGUUACAGCCAGGCUUUGGGACCAAAUGCCGGUUGUCUGCUGGAGGAUGGACCCGAGGAGAUACUGGAGGACCAUAAAGAAUUUGAUUAUGAAAGUUCAGAUGACAGUGAUUUUGAGGCAGUGUAAAUCACUGCUUCUCAGUCUUCAGUCCGUCAUACUAAACUCCUGUAUCAAGCUACAUGAAUAAGUCUCACAUUGUAAUGCAUUUUUUUAAUCACCUGUGAUGUGAAAACAUAAGCUUUACACACAGCCAGACAAAGUAAAAGUGUGUGUCCUCCUUUAGUUUAGUUGUAACAAAUUCCAGUUUGCCACGGAGCUUAUCUCCCUGGGCUUUUGCAGGGGGUCACCCACCCCUCAUCCUCCACUCUCCUUCAUGCCAUGAAAAAUAAGGAUUCAAAACUAGAGUUGAUGAUUGGUGGAUGUGUUCUGUGAGUUUUACUUUGUUUUGUCUAGUUAGAAUGAAGCUGGUGAUAAUGACUAAAAACACUGUUUUGCAAAGGGAGUCUGGUUAGUUAAGAGCAAUAAAAUAGCUGUUUCUGAAAAAAAGUAUCUUACUCUAUUAGGUAUAUUUCUGCCACAAUCCUUUCCAUUACAUUGUUAGACAUGUAUAUAAACAAUCUGGGUCUGUCAGUGACAAAGACAAGCACAAGCAAAAACAACAAAAAAAAUUAUUCAUUUCACCCACUCUCAUCAGUUAACCACCAGCACGUUAUUAUAUGUUUAUAAUUCCUCAUUGAAAUGUUUUCCUUGUGCAUUUCUUUAAAGUUCUGUCAUACUCAUAAUGAUGAGUAUUCAUGGUAACACUGUCACCAUGAAUGACAUUACACUGGAGUAUGAUGAAUGCAUCAUACUCCAGUGUAAUGUCAUUCAUGGUGACAGUGUUACUAAUUUUUGGAAUGAACCAUUUAUAUACAUGUCACUACAUGAAAUACUUUCCAAAACAUGACAUAUGAUCAAUAUCCAUAGUUGAGUGUGAGUGUUUAUUGUUGUCAUUACUGCUGUUUCUUGUACCAACAAAAGGAACUCAUUUGCCACGCCAUCAAGUAACUAUAAAACUGUUACAGGGCAUGUAAACUAGUUGAUGCUGAGGUGUUUUGUUUUUC